UCAUUUGAUACUAGAAGUUAUUAUUAAGUUAAGGAAUUACAUGGAAAGCAUGUUUCUUAAGUGACCAUCUGAGCACAGCCAAUAGAUAUAAAUCUGUAAACAUGAAGUUAUUAAAGAAACUUUAUUUAAAUCAGGAGAAAUUUCCCCCUUGCCCCCCCACUCCCCCUUUUGUUUUGUUUUGUUUUCAGAUGCAAAAUCUUUCUAAGACGGGAAGCCAAAGAGAUGUGUUUAUGCAUUGAGAAAACCAAGUAGCAGUAGGCAGAAUACUUUAUACUGGACUGAGUCUGACUGUUAAUAAAAUAACUCAUAGUAGUCAAUGUUAAGACGUUAAUGCAAAUUAUGGGGCUGCAGAUAAUGUGCAAGCAAAAAAAAAAAAAAAAGCAAAUGGAAAAAUAUUAAGUUCGAGAUGACCAACAUCUUCAAACCUGUUUUUGAUUUCCUUCAUAUACAUAGAGUUGUAGACAGACCUGAAUAAUGUCUUACUUACUAAUCUCUCACUUCUUUUUGGCAUGGUGCCUAUAUUUAUAUUGCAAAACAGUCACCACUGGUUUUCUUUUUAAAAUUUUCAGGAUUUAAAUGCAGAAGCAGCAGUGUGCUACCCAAAUAUCUAGGAUAGAUUGUUAAGUUAGAUAAUCACCAACCAUUCAUUUCCAUCCAUCUUUAAUUCAGGAUUCCUAGACCAGCUUCUUGUUCUUGGCCACUUUCCAGGAAUUCUGAACUCUGUGACAGACAAGUAGCUAUAAAGGUCAUGUUAGCGGGGGGAUGGCAUGAUUUAGACAACAAAGACUAUGACUGUUGGCCCCUGGAAAAACCAGAUGAGUAUAACAUGCUGGACUGCGGAGGUCUGGAGAUGGCAUGGGUGAAAAGGCCUCCAGAAAAGGCUGUGAGUGGGGAAUUCUUCAAUGUGACCUAUGCAGUCUUUGCUUCAGAUGGCUUUUAUCAAUAUGCAGUGCAAAAUGGAAUCCUUUCUCACAGCAAUGCUACUGCUGCAAGGGAAUUCUGUGAGGAGCAUGAGUGCCCUGCCAGCUGGAAAGAUGCAAAUGGCGAGAACUGCUGUGUCCAUCAUGCCAACAUUCACUCCUGUCCUUUGGCCUUCAUGGGUAGAGGAGGAAUAUGUGGUCCAUGGAUUCCCGAUGAUGGCCAGAUAUUUACCCACACUUUAUCUACAGCUGGCAAAAUGAGCCAAAGAAACUGGACUGCCAAGGUUGUUUUGGUUCACGUGGGUGUGACUUCUCUCAUCGCACACAUCAGAGUUGGGAGAAUGCAAGUUGCUCUGGAAGCAAAAACCACAGUCCUUCCUGCAGUAGUUUGUGGAGAUGGCUUUUGUGAGGAAGAAGAAGGCUGCUCUAUCUGUCCAGCAGAUUGUGGGGAAUGCCCGCUAUCAGCUGAUGCUAAGAUAGCAAUUGCCUUACCAAUAGGUUUAGUCUGCACUGCCUUCAUUAUGACAGUCCUGUGGUUUCAAUAUCAGAAACAAAAGUUGUUUUGGGACGAGAGCUGGAUUAUAGACUUCAUAUGCAUCAAACAAGAUUCCAUAGCAGGGGCAGCAACAGGAAGCAUGAUGAGUGCUCUCCCAACACCUAGUGAAUCCAAUAUCAGCUGUAUCACUGCUCUGAGCUCCUGCACAGCAGCUGCUAAUGCGUCCAAGAAACUGUACUUCACCCAGACUGGGAGAUAUGAUGGUAGAACAGUGGCCAUAAAGAAAAUAAUGAAGAAGGCAUUCACCCUGACCAAACCCAUACGUAAGGAAGUAAAGCAAGUAAGGGAACUCGACCAUCCCAAUCUCUGCAAAUUCAUUGGUGGUUGUAUAGAAGUGCCAAAUGUUGCCAUAGUGACAGAGUACUGCCCCAAAGGCAGCCUGAGUGAUGUUCUGCUCAAUGAAGACAUCCCAUUGAACUGGGGAUUCAGGUUUUCUUUUGCUACUGACAUUGCCCAAGGAAUGGCCUAUCUUCACCACCACAAAAUUUAUCAUGGACGGUUGAAGUCUAAUAACUGUGUGAUAGAUGACCGAUGGGUUUGUAAAAUUGCAGAUUAUGGCUUGCAGUCAUACAGAAAAGAAGAUUCUCCUGAAGGGUCGAGCUCAUACCAGCAGCACUUUAUACAGGUUUACAUAGCUCCUGAAAUCCAUUCACUUUCAGACUUUGAACCCAAUUCUAUGACAGACGUCUACAGUUAUGCCAUCAUUUUACUAGAAAUUGCUACAAGAAGUGACCCUAUGCCAAAAGAUGAUGUGCAUUCAGCUGAAUAUUCUUGGUGUCUGCCUUUGGCAGAACUAAUUUCACGGAAGGCUGAGAAUUCUUGCCCAUGUCCCACAGAUUACAUAGAGCUAAUCAGAAAGUGCAGAAAAAAUAAUCCAGUCCAAAGACCUACAUUUGAACAAGUCAAGAAAAUGUUAUACAAGAUGAAUCCUAAUAAAGUUAGCCCUGUUGACAUGAUGAUGACUCUGAUGGAGAAAUAUAGCAAACACUUGGAGAUACUGGUUUCUGAGAGAACUCAGGAUUUAAUGCAUGAAAAACAGAAGACUGAUCGUCUGCUGUAUAGUAUGUUGCCAAAGCAAGUAGCAGAUGAUCUCAGGCAGGGAAAACGUGCACAAGCUCAAAGUUACUUAAGUGCCACCAUCUUUUUCAGUGACAUAGUUGGCUUCACUCAGCUUUCCAGCAGCAGCACACCUUAUCAAGUGGUAGAUCUCUUGAACAAGCUUUAUACCGCUUUUGAUGAAAUCAUAGAUAACUAUGAUGUCUAUAAGGUGGAGACAAUAGGAGAUGCCUAUAUGGUAGUGUCAGGAGUACCCAGAGAGAAUGGGAUCCUUCAUGCCGGAGAGAUCGCAAGCAUGGCUUUAGACCUUGUGGCCGUCUGCAAGACAUUUAAGAUCCCACACAAGCCCAACACCCUCCUAAAGAUAAGAGCAGGAAUACAUUCAGGGGCAGUUGUAGCUGGGGUUGUUGGGACCAAAAUGCCACGGUAUUGUUUGUUUGGAGAUACUGUGAACACAGCUUCCAGGAUGGAAUCUACCAGUGAAGCUCUUAAAAUACAGUGCAGUUCAAGUGCAUACCAGCUGUUGGAGCAGAUUGGAGAGUAUGUGUUAGUAUGCCGUGGGAAUUUACAAGUCAAGGGAAAAGGAGACAUGGUAACUUACUGGCUUGAAGGUAAGAAAGCCUCUGCCACCCAGAAGGAAGUCCCCAGCCCAUCUGUGACUUUUCAAGAUCCCAACAGAACUUCGUUUAGUUUAAUACCAGGUGUCUUUCAGGGUGAUUCUCUCUCAAAUCCUGCUUACUAGCCUCUCACUGACCCCAAGAUCCAUACUGCUUUCAGCCUGUUAGAUGACCCUGCUGGUUUAGAAAGUAAGAAAAUAGAUAGUGUGUUCCUCUGGCCUCGUGGUUGUAUUAGCCUAGAUUUUAUUCACUGGUGUUCCUCUUCCAUCCUUCUUUCAAGAUAAAAAACAAAACAAACCAACAAAAACCCUGGGCGUUACUGGGUUAUGCCUUGCAAAUAGCAUCCAUCGCUUCACAGCAGGUCGGCUGGACAUUCAAGCCUGUAGCUGCUCUGACAGUAAAGAAACAGAUGGAGUAGUGUUGCUGUUUAGUAGUAUGAUAAACCUUGUGGGUGUGAUUGGUUUUGUGGUGAGAAAGGAAAAAAUGAUAUGUAGAUUGUGAUAGAAAACAAGGCCAAGUCAUAGAGGGAAUGAAGCAGUGCAACCAUAGUGGAUACAGGCACAAAUGAGAAUUUGGAUUCGUGCUUUAGUGUCAUCACCAUGGCCUGGAGCACAGGAAGAAGAAUGGUAAGAAAGUCUGGGGUAGUUCCAUAGAUUCAACACUCAGCAAUACUUUCCAUCUUUGUAGAGAGAUCUGUAAACCUAAGGAGAGUGAUGGAAAGUAUUUCAAGCUGUUAAACAGAGGAGAGUCCAUUACAGCUGCCCUUGUCUUCGGCUGCUCUGGGACCUCUCUGAAAAACUACACUUAACAUUAGCUUGUAUUAUGGGGUUGCUUUGACUAAAGUGGCUGUGAACCCCCUAUUGGUGGCUAGUUAUCUGACUGUGAAAUCAGGCAGGCCUCUGAGUCACAGUGUAAUUUAGGACACAGUUUAGAAAAGGUCAUUCCUGAACAAGCAUUUCCUGUAAAGAGAGACGCAUUACUACAAGUGGAGUAAUCUGUUGAUGAACAUGGUCUGUAAGCAUUGCUGGUAUUGACUUUCUUUAAAGAAAAAGUGUAUGCAUGGUAAACCCUGCCUGUACUUUUUAGGGUUCAAUUUAUGGCAGUAGAUAACCUUCCAAGGCUAAUAUAUUUUUGAAGAGUUUGGGCAGUCCAGGUGAACUGAUUAAAAGUGCAACAGAAUUAUAUAUGUAAAAUAGGUGAGGAAAGCAUAGUCACAGCAGUUCCACCAUAACACCAUCUGGACUGGCCAAACCUGACUGGGAGGAGGUGAAAAGGAAGGGCUAUAGGUGACAUGGCAGCAUUUACUCUCCUUUUUCUGCUUCCUUACCCUCCAGUCUGUUCCUGAUUCUAGGUACAUUUAGAAAAACAUAUAUAUAAAAGCAGGUUUUUUGUCUGUAAAUUUGUGUAACUCAAGCAAGCAGCUGAAGAAUUGCCCAUGUUCCCAUGAAGUCAGCAUAGUUUUAAUGUUGAAUAUUUGUGUGUGGUAGUGAGAAGAGGUUGACAUUACCGCUCCUUCUUCAGCUUCUGUGGGAAGUUAAUGCAGCAAUAGCAUUAGAUUUUUCCAAGGUGCUUAAUGGAAGUGGAAACCUAAAUCUUUUUGUAUUACAGAAGACUUAUUGGAAAUAAUAAUAAUAAAACAAAACAAAACAAAACAAACAAACAAACAAAAAAAAACAUCCUGAGUGAAAUUUUGUCUCAGAAAUCUGUGGGAAUACCAGCGAUCUUGGCAAGGAACAUGCAGAGAGCUGAUCUUAGAACGUGAGAUCCCAACAUGGAACCUGUCCUAAUUUUUAAAAAGUUGAAUUUUAAAUUCAUUUCGUAUUUUUUUCUAAACUGGAAAAGUUCCUUUCUCUAUUUUUGAUUCUUGUAUUAGUACCUGGUGCAGUAAAGUUACCCGAUUUGUAAUCUUAGCAAAAUAAACCAUUCAGUUGUCCAGAGUAUAGUGCUGACUUUUAAUAAAAACAUUUUCUUUAUCCCAGUUAUACCUAGAUAUUUUGAAACUCUCAGCAUGUAGUAGUACCGCAUGGUGUAUAAUCUAAUUUACAUUAUCCCUUUAAUGAGUUAGCAUGCUUUCUUUUCUUACUAGAAAGAUGCAUAUCAAAGGAUCUUUUAUCAAAUAUGAAUGUGAAAGCAUGCACUUUGUUAUAUGUUCAUCUGUAGAAGCAUUGCAGUUUUAACUCAUCUGCUUUCUUUUAAUGUUUUCGGAAUUAAAAGCUUAAAAACGA